AUUUAUUUAUUUGAAGAUGAGAACGAUUUAUAUUGUACUUUUAUUAAGUUAUAUCUGCGGGGCGAUUGCAAAAAAAUCCCUGAAAAGCCCAAUCUGUGGCAUAAAAGCAUCUUUUGUGGGAAAAUGUAAGGGCUUUGCUUACAUACCGCAAAAGAAUAGAUGUGUUAGUGUAUCUGGAAACUGCUCAGGAAAGGGGAAUUUUUUUAAACAUGCAAGAUCCUGCUCAGCGAGAUGCGUGAUAUAAUGGAAAUAUUCACAAAAGUAAUGAAUAAAGACAGAAAUGA